AUGUCUGCAUCCAAAGCACCAGCCAUCAAUACUCAAGAUCUUAUGAAUAGAAUCUUGCAGCUCAAACAGAUUACUGAAAGACUUGAAGAGCAGAACCAUGAAUUGAAAAACUAUAACAAGCAGCUUGAGAUUCAGAUCAUGGCCAUUCCAUUCACUGAACAGCAGGAAAAGAAAGAUAAAGCUAAAGUCAACUUACCAGAACUCUUCAAGAGUGAACAAGAAAAAUUACAAGCUUUCUUGAGAUAA